CUUCUCCCCCCCGCCCCGGUCAUAGCUCCGAGACAAUCUAUAAAACCCUACAUCAACCGCAGCGGCAGACUCGCCUGAUCAAGACUAUUACAGAACAACGACAUCACACCUCAACUGACGCACAAGCAAUCUACUUCCAUGCAAUCACAAGCCAUCCUGCAUGGGUCCUCUGCAUGCGAGAACGGGUAACGACAGCAGCAUGUGAGAGAGAGUGUAUGAGAGAGACAGACAGAGUGAGUGAGAGAGAAGAGAGAAGCAGAGAAGCAGAGAGAAGCAGAGAGGCAAUCAGAGAGGGAAGCAGAGAGGGAAGCAGACCGGAUAGCACGAUAGCACAGUCGCAAGCAUACAGGUACCUAGGGAAAAAAAACGGAACCGAAAAAUACCUACAGGUACCUACUAGACGGAGUUCACGGAGCAGGUAUAAACCAAUAACUUCUCCACCCCUCACGUCGAAAUGAUGGCUCCCCACUCUCCUCGCACGGCAGCAACAACCAACUCAAGCGCAAUCCACAACAUCAUCAACAACAACAAUAACAACAAUAUGGGCAUUCGAUCAACAACAACAACCACCACCACAAGAGGAAUGACCCGAAGCCCAACUCCCGAAUCCAUCGAAUCUCUCCGUCGAAGAAGUGAAGCAGCAGACAUUCUAGAAAGCUACGAGAAACUUUCCUGGUACGCAGCUGCGAGAUGUGAGACCAUCACCCAAACACGGAUCCAUUUCAAAUGCAUCCUCUCAGGCAUCACCGCGGCGCAAGAACAGGAGACAGUAUUUUGGAAAGAAGAUUUCACCCCUCGUCCUACAAAGCCCAAUUUGCAGGGGAGUAGCAGCAACAGCAGUCGAAAGGCAGGAAAGGACCGAGUGGUGAGUGAUGGGUCUGCGAGUGGAGUCGUAGAUCGAAGGGAAAGGGAGAAGUGUGUCGUUGGGGAGAAUCAUUCUCCGAAACCGCAUCGCAAGGGAAAGGAGAAAGCCGUAGGCGGAGGUUCUGCGACGAUGUGAGUGAGGAAAGGGAAAGGAGAGGAGAAAGGCGGUGGUCAGUAAAGCGUCAUGUAUACAAAACAAAUUACCCUGUAAUAAUUUUAUCAAGACCUGAACCGCACGACAAUUAGGAACUGAAUUUAUAUAUACUUAGCUAGUACUAUUGGCC